AUGGCGGCUAUCACCUGCCUUGCCUGCGCUGAGGGCUUGGAGGGCGCCGUGGCUCCAGCCCCGACGGCGGGGAGGGGAGGGGUGCAUCGCUGGCGGCGCGCAUUCUACAACGAGUCGGAGGCGCGCAAGUACACCACCUCCUCCCGCAUCAUCGAAAUCCAGGUGAGGAUCUCCGAGAGGGCGCUGGAGCUGCUCGCGCUCCCCGACGACGGCGUCCCCAAGAUGCUGCUCGACAUCGGGUGCAGUUCCGGGCUUAGCGGCGAGACGCUGACGGAGCACGGGCAUCAUUGGAUCGGCUGUGAUAUCUCACAGUCCAUGCUUGAUGUUGCUCUGGAGCGGGAGACCGAGGGAGACCUCCUGCUCGCAGACAUGAGCGAGGUUUCAGUGAACUAG